AUGCCCCAAAUCACCUAUCUUUUGGUUCAGGAACAAACAUCAACAGCUUACAGGAUCCAUGGCUUGGGAAUCAGCGAAGACUUCCCCAACACUAGCAAAAUUCAGGUGCUCCUUGAUGACGCUGCGGAGGCUGGCUGUGCCCUCAUGGGCUUGGAUUCGGCUCAAGGAGUUACACUCAUCGCCUACAAGCUGCUCAAUCCCAUAGCUGAUUUUCGGGGCUGGUCGCUUGGCGAUAUUGAGAGCAAGCUCGGGGAGAUAAAUGAGGAUUUUCUCCGAAACAAGGCUGCUCAAUGCCCUCACCAUGGCGAGUUAUCGCUCCUCGAGGCGGAUGACAAUCAGGGGAAAGUUCUCGUUGUGUUCAAGAUGCGAGUUAAACCCAUGCACCGUCUGUCGGAAGAAAACACUUUUUCCCAUCUCAAGCGUGCGAAGCUUGCUACAACCGCUCCGUCAACCAUAGCAAAUCCAUCGACAUAUGAAAGUAUGCAAAGAAAGAGCAAUGAGAAGAUUCUCAAUGACCGCCCUGAGCCUGAUGACGAAAUUCCUCCUAUUCCACUUCUGUACAAUGGUUUUGGCCAUUUCUUGGAUAUCCUGGAUGGCGAUGCAGACAUUCUGGGUCUAGAUAAAGUGGACAGUUCAAAAUUACGGCUGGAGGUCAAUGAGUUUGCGUGCAAUAUGUGUUACUUCUAUGCCAUGGAGGAUGACCGGAGGGACAAAGCUCUACCUGCCCUCGACAAAAUUUUCGCAGCCCGCAGUGGUGUCAAGAUCCCUACGAUUCACGCAGCUGCCAUUGGUUCUGUGAGGUCGGAUGGGGAUAGUGUCGGAAAGCACGGAGGAGUGGUACUGACCACCAAAUUCAAAAACCGGGUUGCAAGGAUUACUGCAAUUCCUGAAGUAGAGCUCGUGGGGUACGUUGCACGGUCGCACGUGAAGGGAAUGGAGGAGAUGCGAGAACUGUUUGAACGAUGGCGGGUACCCUGUCUUGGUCUGACUGUUGUUGGUUCCGAUGUUAAGUUUUAUGCCGUUAUCGUGCUUGACUCCCGCUAUCGGCUUGUUAGUCUCACACCAGCCCUAUCGUGCAUUCGAUCCGCCUUGGAUGGCUGCGAUCGUACGGCCCUUUAUACUGCCUUCACCACGGCAUCUGUCUUGCAAGCUCACAUUGUACAGGAUAUUGACAGAUACCUCGCUGCGCUGCCUCCCAAGAUCCCAGACGGUGCCCACCGUUGCCCUGCAAUCUCCAAAUUGCGGAGAUAUGGCAGCUUGUCCGAUGACUACCUCACGUUUGGGAUCCAAAAACUUCAUCCCUGCAAACAGAGCCAGCACCUGCUCUACAUCGCUGAGACGGAAGACCCCGACUACCAAACCGUCCUCAUAAAAUUCGUGCAAGGGUACUUGGCCGAGUUGCAUGCGUUUUGUGCUGACUCCAACCAUGCACCACACAUCCUCGCUUUUGAAAAGCUUCCAGGCGGGUGGCUGGCAGUUGCGAUGGAAUACAUCUCGAGCGGUGUCACAAUAACGACAGCCGCCUUGUCCUGGCUCGCCUCAUGCAGAGAACGCUGGGCAUCACAACUGUGGAAGCUUGUUAAAUCCUUUCACGAUAGCGGCUUCGUCCAUGGAGACCUGCGUGUCCCAAAUAUCAUCUGUGACGACAAGGACAGGGUGCUGCUAAUUGACUUUGAUUGGAGUGGCAAGGAGGGGCAAGUGUCUUACCCGACUCCCAACCUCAACAAAGAGCUACUUGCAGGACGAACACUAGGCGACCUGAAAAUUACGAAAGGUGACGAUGAGCGUGUCUUACAGAGGACACUAGAUAAGCUUAAAAUGUAG